AGAUGCCUCCUAAACGCAAGAGUGUAAAGUGAGGACACAAAACAAAGUGUGAUAGAGAGAGAACGCUUUCUCCCCUCUCCUUUCCUUUAGCUGCCUAGCUUCUGCAAUUGCGUUUGAUAAUCUUCUUUCUUUUCAUUUCCCCCUCCCCCUCUUUUAUAUCCCCGGUUUCUCUGAAUCCCGUUCUGUCAUCGUCUGUCUUUCAAGCAGUGUUUUGGGAGGUUUGUUUUCUUGGGUUUUAACUGGAACAAAGAGACAUUUUUGUGAAAACAAAAAAGCAGACCCAGAAGGGUGUUUUCGAAAGCCAGGUGAUUCAGAAUAGAGAUCCAGAUUUUUUUCUGUUUUACUUCGAUAAGAAGUUUUAGUUUUUCUCUUGUCAACUAAGAGGGUUUGUUUUUCUGUCCCUCUGGUUGGUUUUUGUUAAGCCUCUUUUGAGCUUUAUUUCUGUACGUAGUUUUUCUUGCUUCUAUAAAAAUUUUCCUGUUCUUCAGUUUUGGAAAGAAAACAGGUUAAUUUUGAAGAAGCCCUUAUUUUUCUUAGAAUUUUAGUGGUGUGAUUUUCGCUUGUACGUUCUUGAGAAGGGAUGGCGGCAGCUAUGGAUAUUUACAAUAGCAGCUCCACAUCAUUUUUCUCAGAUCCUUCAGGAGAAGAGCUAAUGAAAGCACUGGUACCUUUUAUGAAAAGUGCUUCAUCAACCUCUUCUAUAACCACUUCUUCUCCUCCCUCUCUAUUUACUUCUUCUCCUUCUUCUUUUUCUUUAGCAUCUUACCCUUCUUGUUCUUUCUCUACAGUCUCCCCUUCUCACCCCAACUUGUACCCUGACUUUUGCUCCCCAUCGAGCACCCACAUGUUUUCUGAAGGGUUCUCGAGCCAUAAUCAAAUGGGUCUUGAGCGAGCAGGAACAACAGGGCUCAACCACCUCACUCCCUCUCAGAUUCUUCAAAUCCAAGCCCAAAUUCAACUCCAGCAGCAACAGCAACAGCGACAGCUACAAAUCGCUGCCAUGGCUUCUGCUUCUCUCCAAAACCAGAGGCUAAGCCAUUGGCAGCACCAAAACACACACGCCCUUGACUUCCUCAGCCCCAAAGCUAUUCCCAUGAAACAUGUUGGCACUCCUUCAAAACCAGCUAAACUCUACCGAGGUGUUAGACAGAGACACUGGGGCAAGUGGGUUGCGGAGAUCAGACUCCCCAAGAACAGAACCCGUCUCUGGCUCGGCACCUUCGAUACAGCCGAAGAGGCGGCUUUGGCUUACGACAAGGCCGCCUAUAAGCUCAGGGGAGAGUUUGCCAGGCUCAAUUUUCCUCAUCUUAAGCACCAAGGAGCUCAUAUCUCAGGCGAAUUCGGUGACUACAAGCCCCUCCAUUCCUCAGUGGAUGCGAAGUUACAAGCAAUUUGCCAGAGCUUGGUAAAUUCGCAGAAACAGGUGAAAACAGAGGAGCCUUGUUUUGUUUCCGAUGUAAAGCCAGUCAUUUCGGCCGAUUUGGGUGAAAGCUCGGUCUUUGAUGAAUCACAGAGAACCGAAUUAAGGAGAGAACACGGGAUGUUCGGAAAGGAGGAGUUUAAGGUGGAGAAUUCGUCGUUAUCGCCGGCUUUAUCCGAUGAAUCAUCGUCAUUCGUUGGAUCUUCUUCGCCAGAAUCGGAUAUUACAUUCUUAGAUUUCUCAGACUCGCAGGAUGAGACUGAGAAUUUCCCUUUGGCGAAGUUUCCUUCAGUGGAGAUCGACUGGGCAGCUAUCUAAGUCUUGUUCAAUAUGUGACUAUGUUCAUUUUUCCCUCUGUAUCUGUAAUUUUAGGUUUAGCUUCGGGUCUUCAGCAGCUUCUGCAAUGAAAUUUUUGACCGUUGCAGAGGAACAGUUGCUUGGUUUAAGUAGGAGUCAGUCAAUAAAAGGGCUUAGUGGGUCAGAUGUUUACGUUCUUUAGUUGUUGUAUUUUCAGGUUUCUCCGUCCAUGCUGGUAAUUUUAUUCCUGACAUGGCCACGGAGAGUUUCAAGUUUCUAUCUUCUUGUAAUAUCUACUUGGUUGUAAUUAAAGUCUUUACCUUUGAAUAUUACAUAAAUUGUAAUUUCUGUA